AUGCCUUUGGAACACGCGCUUCAAACAAGAGGUCUGUUUCCCGACUUGGGACCUUAUAAACACGCACCUGCCCGAGCCGCGCCCUUGAACAGACCUCUGGGCAUGGAUCAACUCCCACGACAGAGACACCUUAAAACCAAGCGAACGCCUUUUCGAUUAAACAUCAUGGUCGUAGGUGAAACUGGUUUGGGCAAAUCGACUUUUAUGAAUACCCUCUUUUGCACCGACUUGAACGACACGUCUGUGCCAAAAGUGCCGCAAGAUACCAAGACUGUUGAGAUCACGCCUAUUCAUUUCGAAUUAGAGGAAGAAGGCGUCAACCUCAACUUGUGUCUCGUCGACACACCGGGAUUUGGUGAUCGACUAAACCGUACCGACGAUGUGCAACCAAUUUUGGAGUAUAUUGAUAAACAAUAUGCCUUAUACUACGAGGCCGAACGAAGUUCAGAAUUUCGACGCGGGAUCGUCGACACACGUAUCCAUGCAUGCUUAUACUUUAUUGCGCCCACAGGUCACAGUCUCAAGGACUUGGAUAUUGAAACAUUGAAGGAAUUGUCCACCCAAGUGACCGUUAUACCCGUCAUUGCAAAAGGUGAUACCAUGACUCAAGAAGAAAAACUACAGUUUAAAAAGACGAUCCUUGAAGAUUUGGAGUAUCAUAAUAUUCCAGUUUACCCAAGUGCUUAUCCUGAUGACGACCGUGACGAUGUGCAAGAGCUUGUGCAACAUAUACCAUUCGCCGUCAUGGGGAGCGACAGCAUUGUGGACCUUCCAAAUGGGAAAAAAGUGCGAGGUCGAGCUUACCGUUGGGGUACAGUAGAAGUCGAGAACCCGGAACACUGCGAUAUGGUUCAUUUGCGUCAACUAAUUAUGAUCCAAUGUCUGCACGAGCUUUCUGACCUUUCACACGACCAUCAUUACCACGGCUACCGAACACGAUUGUUACGGAGUCAGGGCCGUACUGACUCCUUCAUGAAGUGCGAUGAAAACUAUGAUGAACAGAUGGAGCAGCUCAAAAAUGAAAAUGAUCAGGCCAUGAGCCAACGUGAAGAAGAAAUUCGACAACAGUUUGUACAGCUUGUACAGACGACAGAAGAUGAUUUGCGUCGUCGUGAGCAAGAGCUUCAAGAGAAACGUGACAAGAUGAUGAGCGAUUUGGAAGAGCAACAGCGACAAAUCGCACAAUUGGAACAAGAGUUGAACUAG